UGUCUCCUGGCCCGUAACCUUCCCUCGACCUCUCUUGGCUCCUGCCUGUCGUUCCAACUUCCAGAUACCCCGACUGCUCCUUUGCUCGCAGGCGGCAGGCGCAAGCACGGCUGGGCGCAAGAUUGCAGUUCCAACUUAAAGUCCAAUCAAAUCGAUUCGCGAUUCAUGAAGUCACAGGCAGGCGCAAGAGUGCCAGAGAGGUAAAACAAACAGUCACCAAUAAACUUGUAUUUUCUGGAUCAAUCUAGCAACCGAGGAUUCAUCUGAUUUCUCUUUUGUGCAACACUUGCACUUGCAUACUUGCAAUUUCAGUUGUUGUUUAGAGUUUUUCCGUUGCCGUCUUGGAGAAGAAUGCUGAUUGCUUAACUGAUUUACUCCGGCCGUAAAAAAUUCAGGUGUUCUCUGUCCUUUUCUUGUAAGCAUGUUGUCUAAGAAGCACUUAUCUGGCUGUGAGAAAAGAAAAAAGAGGAAACGAGUAGAUUGUAGAGCUUUUUGGGUGCUGGCCCAUCUCCUCGAUGCGGCGGCGCCGGCGAUUGUAGAGCUUGGGAGGCUGAGGCGCUGACGGCGGGUCGGACUGAGGCGCCAACAGGCUGAGGCGCUGACGGAGGGACGGGCUGAGGCGCCGGCACACGCGAUUUGGGGGUGAUUCGAGAGUUCCGGAGGCAGCGAUUUUGCAACUGAUAUAUGGAAUUGAUUUUUUUACCGCACUAUACGGUCGCUGGCCCAUUCAUGAAGUUCGACCGGGGCGUUCGAAGACGUCGACUCCAGCACCAAGACGCGCAUAUGGCUGGACGCUAUGGACGGCGAUCUUGGGCCACCAGCCCCAUCCAACGGUGAGAGAGUGAGAAAACAACACUACCUGUGGCGGAGGCGGAGCCACCACUGCUCCCACUUGGACCUCCCCGACGCCGCCGCCCCUGGCCCUGUUCCUUUUCCUUCCUUGGUGCAUCCACACGCCCGUCUCCGAUUUGGUCUUCAUCCUAUUCCUACUCUGAUUCCCUCUCGAAUCCAUAGAUAUAUACCAGCAACCUCGAUCCCGGCUCAGGAAAUCCAUCGAUACAUCGACGAUGAACUGGACGGGGUGUUUCAUGGACGCCUCCCUGCAUCCUCCUACCCACCCUCGCCGUCCCAAAUCCGGCGACGGCGAUCCCACCUGGGUCCUCCUCGACAACCGCGCCUACAUCACUGACACCCAGAACCACACCACAGCCCACUGCCACACAAGAGACAAGACCAACAAGGUGCAAGUCACAUUCUUUUUCGCCGCCCCGCCCCUCGUCUCCUACUUCGGCAUGUCUUUCACAGAUUCCAAGCCCACCGAGUUGGGCCGUGAGCCAUGUAUUGCCGCCGCCGACUCCAACCUCGUCCUUAUCUUCUCUGUCCACGGCCCUUGGCACAAAAUCUACGAUAGGAGGAUGCACGACUUCUACAUCUACCAGGCCGACGGGCCCUCCGAAGGGGGGCCGUCGCUGAAGCUGCUCCCGCAUCCGACGCCUGGUGUGUUCCCGUCGGAUAGCCGCUGCUACUUCCAUCACCGCCAGGCUGGUAUCCUGCGCUAUCGCAACGAGCGGCCCGCCCGUGGGCUCGCCCUUUGCCGCCACGGCCCCGUCAACCUACGACGGCUACAUCAUCGCCUCACUCUGUUUGGGGGAAUUAGAUGAGGAAAUAGACGAGCUGCCGUACAAGUUUGAUAUCUGCACCUACGACUCCAAAACUGAAACUUGGAGCAGGCAGCCCGCUUUGCUGCACAAGCAGCAGCAUCUCCCCGAGCGUCCUCCCGAGAGUGAGAGGGUGAUCACCAUUCGAGAAGAGACCGGCACCAUGGGCUGGGUCGACCUCUGGCGGGGCAUCACCGUCUGUGACGUGCUGCCUCAUCUCGAGAAGAAGAAGAGCACCCCACUGCUGCUUCGCUACAUCCCACUGCCGCCUCCGAUCCUACCUGAUCACAAGUUAAACGGCCAUUCAUCCAUGCAACGAGACAUUGCUGUUGUCGGAGGCCGUGUCAGGUACGUGGAGGUGCAGAUGCACAUCAGGCCUGUCUCCUACAUUCCGGGAACAUUCGUCUCUGAUGGCUGGACUGCUGUCACGUGGAGCAUGUCGACCGAAUCCUUGGACAAGGGUUGGGACAGGGAGCUUGAGGUCCAUGCUCACGAGGUGUCUACCGAUGAAGCCGUGGGCUUCGAGUUGCUCCCGGAGCUGCUGGAUGACAAAGGCACGCCGCAGCCAACCUUGGAGAGGAUGCACAUUGGUCAUCCCACACUCAGCUUGCACGAGGAUGACAACACCGUUUACUUCAUGACAAAGAUCGAUUACAAGGACCAUGACCAGGCAUGGGUCAUUGCAGUUGACAUGAAGAACAAGAAGUUGCAAGGGGUGUCGAGAUUUGCUGGCGCAAAAAGAAAUCGUUUCUUCACUGAGGCCUAUGUGCACAAUAGCAUCUCCGGCCAUCUCAAUAUGGUUCAAGGCAUCCAGGGUCACCUGAAGCGACCAGGGAUACCACUGUCGGGAUCUUCUAGCAAGAAGGGACCCUAUACCCUUCUGAGAUAGGGUGGGCUGGUGCAGCGGAUUCAUCAUGCUGACUCUGAUUGAUGUUCAAGUGGAAGGAGCUAGUGUCAGCGGCAUCUCAUACCUACUUUGGAUUGCAAUGAAAUGAUGAUCUCAAUGUUGGCUAGAUAUAUUAACCUGCAUCUUUUCGUUUAUUUAUAAAGGUUAUGUAUGCAUGACUCAGGAUCUAGAACGCUUGGAUGACAAUGUUUUAUCUGCCUAUUAUGUAUCCAGUCUUAUACAACACAAGUGUUUUCUAUC